UAUCUCAAGAUCUCAUAUACAACCCUAUCAAAAUGCCAGUAGCAUUGAACGGAUCCGUACCGUUGCCGUCAGUACGCGUCUACACCAGCGUCACCGUGCUGCUGAUGUCUGCCUGUCUCUACUAUGCACUGAUCAUGACCAGUGAUCCUAACUGGAGGCAGCACACAAACAUGACGAGCGCCAUCACAUCGGGGACACCCACUACGGCAACAACCACAGCCUCCAACACACCCACCAACACUGCCACUGCCGGAGGCCCGGCCAGUGUGAUAGACGGUGCGGUGGAGGGUGCCAGUGGGAAGCUGGAAGUGGGUGCCGGUGCAUCGUUGCUGUCGGUGAAGGAAAUCGACACGCUGGAGGAGAAAAUAUUGGCCGCUGCCGAUCUGUCGGACCUGCGGCAAAUGUUGCGCGGUGGCGGUGGGUCCGAUGGAACGGAAGAAGGUGGUCGUGGGUCACAGGAGGCAGAGGACGACGACGACGAGCGGUGGUUGAUUACGAGUGGUAACGAUACGCGAACGCUUAGUGCGUACCUGAAGGAUACGGUGUCGUUUAUGGCGACGGAACCAUUCUGCAUUUGGACGUUAAUCAAUACCGCGUACUGCUGCCUGAUACUGCUCGGUAAAUCGAUACAGAAAUUCGUCUUCGGCGAGCUGCGGAUAUCCGAACAGCAGCACAUGAAGGACAAGUUUUGGAACUUUAUCUUCUACAAGUUCAUUUUCGUCUUUGGCGUUGUGAAUGUGCAGUAUUUGUACGAGGUCAUACUGUGGGUGUCGUGGUUCUCGGCACUCGGAUUCCUACACCUGCUGUCACAGCUCAGUAAAGAUCGGUUCGAGUAUCUGUCCUUUUCGCCAACCACUCCAGGAUGGUCCCACUUCCGGUUGAUCUCGCUGCUCGUCGCUAUCCUCACGCUGUCCGGCCUGAUGGUGAUGAUCUCGAUCGGUGUCGGUGUAUUCUUUGGAGGAUUCAACACGUUCGCGUUCAUGGCGGCUGAGUGUAUCUUGCUCGGCAUACGUACGCUGCACGUACUGAUUCGAUACGGAAUGUUCUUGCACGACAUGCGUCAGGGUGGAAUCGCGAAUGAAUCCAUCUCGUGGGAUAAACGCGGUCCAGUAGCGUACUACAUUGAACUCUCGUUCGAGGUGACCGCUCUGCUGGUGGAGCUGGUACACUAUUUCCACAUGAUGCUAUGGAGCAAUAUCUUCCUUUCGAUGGCCAGUUUGGUGAUACUGAUGCAGGUACGCUACCUGUUAAACGAGAUUCAGCGCAAGAUCAAGAAGCAUCGCAAUUAUCUGUGGGUGUUGAACCACAUGGAGAAGAGCUACCCGUUGGCAACGAGCGACGAUUUGAAGCAAAACUCGGACAACUGUGCCAUCUGCUGGGAGAAGAUGGAAACGGCUCGAAAGCUUCCAUGCGCGCAUCUGUUCCACAACUCUUGUCUACAGUCCUGGCUGGAACAGGACACAUCCUGUCCUACCUGUCGUCUGGGGCUAAGCGUUCAUCAAAACGGUGGUCCUCGCGGAAGUCCACUCAUUCCGGAUGACAUUCAUAUCGACGAUCAGGAUGGAGCAGUUGGUGGAGGUGGUGGCCGUACGGCCAAUAAUCAUUUCUUCCACUUUAACGGCUCGCGAUACGUGUCCUGGCUACCGAACUUUUCCGUCGAGGUGACACACAUCAACAAUAUGCUUCGCCCGUCGGAAACGCUCCCGAUCGCGGCUGCCGCUGUUGGUAAUCAUACGUCGCAGGUGCGCAAUAUGGCACGUCACGUGCAGGAGAUGUUCCCACGGUAUCCGCUGUCUGUGCUGAUCGGUGAUCUACAAAUUUCACGCUCGAUCGAGGUAACGAUCGACAACAUUCUCGAGGGGCGGCUGCAGGUCCCGGCAAACACACCCGAGGAUGAGGACACGGUAGGAGGGGUGGGCAGUGGCAGUGCCGGUUCGUUGACGUUGAGCAGCGGAAUGGAUGAGGACAAUGGUGAUGAUGAGUUGUCACUUCCAAACUCAUCUUCCGGAUCCUCCUUAUCGUCACUGUCUACUCCGCCUGGUUAUGAGGUGGAACGUGGCACCAACAUUUUCGGCAGCUAUGACACGCUCCUGCGUGAUGAUACUAUUGAGGAAUCUACAUCGUCGACGGCCGUGCCGCUUGGUGAUCGUUUCUCCAAGAGUCCUGAAGAGCGGGAAAAGAUAUUGCAGCGUCGCAAAGAGCAGUUAUUGGCUGUUGCUCGAAGAAAAUACUUGGAAAAGAAUAAAUCCGAGCUCAACCAUCAAGCAUCCUCGUCGACGGGUGGAUGUUCGUCCUCCUCCAGCAGUGUUAGGCAUCGAAACAAAAGCUGUAUGGAGACGACCCCACCCAGCGUCGACAGUACUAGUGGCAGUGGAGGAAGUAAUCUGCCAAUGCUUAGCGCUCCGUCCCUAUCAUCUAGCUACCUUCAGCAGCGGCUUCCUACGGAACAGCAGCCGGCACAGCUGCAGCAACAGGAGCAACAUUCGGAUAGCAGUUUUUAAAC